CCAUCAUAGCUUCCGUAAUGUAUCACAUCGCCUUCCUUGGUACUAUCUUUGCGAUUUUCUGCGCCACCCAGGCGCAUCAAUUGAAGCAAAAGCCCCUCGCGCAAUACAUAUCAUACUCCAGUGUACCUGGCUACUUUCUCCAAGACAAUAAUUCAACCAAUUCUUCAACGUUUGACUUUGUAGCAACAAAUUUCGGGCUUAUCAAUCAAACUUACCCGACCGACGCCCAAUUUGAUCCAAAAAACACUAAGUCCCAGUGGGAGCGAUUUGCCAAUCAAGUUUUCCGAUUGAACCUUGUUUCGCCGAGUAAUAUCGAGUAUAAGAUACUAUUCAUUGGUCGUCAUGGUGAAGGCUAUCAUAAUGCUGCAGAGACUUUCUAUGGAACUCCAGCCUGGAAUUGCUAUUGGGCACAACUGGAUGGAAACUCAACAGUAACAUGGUUUGACGCUCACCUAGACGCGAACGGCGUAGCUCAAGCACAAACCGUCAACAACCUCUGGUCUCGCCUCAUCGCUACUCAGAACAUUCAAACUCCCCAGUCUUACUACGUCUCCCCAUUGACUCGUUGUCUCCAGACCGCCAACGUCUCUUUCUCUGGGCUUGAUCUACCUGCUUCUCAUCCCUUCGUACCAGAAGUGAAAGAGCUUCUUCGCGAAGGUAUCGAUAUCCACACGUGCGACUCUCGAUCCAAUCUCACGUACAUCAAAUCUCUCUUCCCCUCCUACACCAUCGAGCCCGGCUUCACCGAGUAUGAUCUCCUGUUCCGACAAUCCACCUCCGAAACGCCCACUGCACAAGGACUUCGCUCAAAAACUCUUCUGGAUCAAAUUUUCUCCACUGACGGAGAAACGUUCAUCUCAUUUACUACGCAUUCUGGUGAAGCUUCUAGUCUUCUGAGUGUGCUGGGACAUCGGUCUUUCAGUUUAUCGACAGGGGCUGUGAUACCGAUUUUGGUAAAGGCGGAGACGUUGAGUGGCACUGCGCCCGUGACAACAGUGCUGCCCUAUACAAGUCAGGUUGUUUGCAAUGCACCGCCGAUCACGAGCCAAGCGACGGGAACGUGUGUAUGUUCAAGUGGUAGUACGAUAUCGACUGGGCUAGCAAAGAUGAGAUGA